AUGAAGGACGGCAGGCCGAUCACAGUCUUUUCGAACAUCUAUCGGUUGUGGUCAUCAAUUUGCUCCCGGAGCAUCCUCCGGGCCUGGGCGGCCUGGCUGCCGACGGCAGUUGCGGGAUCAGUGCCUGGUAGAAGCGUACGUGAUGUUUCAUUGACGCUCCAGGCCCAGGUUGAGGCUGCCAUCAUGGACAAGCGGCCUUUGGCCGGAGUGAGUGUUGACAUUAUCAAAUGCUUCAAUCAGAUUCCCAGAGCCCCGUUGGUGCAACUUCUCCGCCACUUGCACGUCCCUGAGUCUGUGAUCUCGCUAUGGCAGGACUUCUUGUCCAAGGCACUGCGUCACGCCGUCUUUCUUGGGGAAAUCGGCUUACCGACUGGCAGCACGACUGGGGUGCCUGAAGGAUGCCCGCUGAGCGUGCUCUGCAUGGUAGCGCUCUGCUGGUAUCUGGCCAGCCUGCCCCGACCUGACGACUUGCAAUUGUACACCUAUGUAGAUAACUUGUCCGGUCCUCCCUGCAGUGUGCCAUUGAAACUGCAUUGCGGCCUCUUGCCCAACGGUGCCGCUCUGAAGGUUGUCUCUAGUGCAAAGGACUUGGGUGUUCAGUUUCGGUUUCAAGCCAGGGGAAAAGCAGGUGCAGUUGCUAAGCGUCUGGAAGAAGGGCGCCGUCGGUUGUCCACGUUGCAGUCAUUGUGCCGUCCCCUGCUUAGCAAGGCUCGGCUCAUCCAGGCAUCAGUGUGGCCGGCUGCUCUCUAUGGCAUGGAAGGUUCCUUAGUCACGGAGGCGGCGGUGCAGAAGCUACGCUCCUCGGCUGCUCGUGCGAUGCUUGGGGAUCAUAGUGCCAUGUCGCCUGUGUUGGCAUUGUCGGCUCUCACGCCCACGGUCGAUGAUCCUGAGGUCUUCCUGUUGGCGCAGUACUGCAAUGUGCUGCAGACCUUUGACGAGGGCCUGCAAGUCCAUUUGGCCAGAGUGGUAGUCGGUGCAUUGCUGUCUGAUGCGGCCAAGGCGACCUGGGACAGACUUCAAUCCCCACUUUGCCAGUUCUGUGGUGCCAUGGACACAAAGCAUCACCGUGUGCUUCAGUGUCCUGCUACUGCUGUCGCUCGGAAGCCUUUCUUACCUCUGCUACAGAUCCUUGACCAGGAGUCGCCCGAGUGGUUUCAUUGCCCCUUCCCCAGCUGUCAUGCGUCGGAGCCUUUUCUCCGUCUGCUGUGGCAUAGCCGAAAGGUUGUGGCCCCUCCGCGCCCGGAGUUGAGCAUCCCAUCGCUUGAAAGUGCAGGUGAGAUACAUUUCUUUACAGAUGGUACCUGUGCCCACCCAACAAUUCCAGAGGCUCGGCACGCAGCCUGGGCGGUGCUUGUCUACAUUGGACCGUUUGCUGCGGAAUGGUUGCAACAGCAGUGGCGCCAGCGGGACAGCAUUGCCUCCUGUUUUGCUGUAGUUGCACAAGGGGUUGUACCGGGCCAGCAAACUAUCUCGAGGGCUGAAGUGCUUGCAUUGUGUCAGGCAGCAUGGGUUGCUCAGAGUUUUCCCCAAGGACAGAUCACCAUCUGGAGCGACUCUCAGACUGCACUGAAGCUGUCGAGGGCGCUGCAACAGCAAACGGCUGAAACCAACCACUUCGCUUCCGACUUGAUUGCAGAUGUUCCAGCUGGUGUUUUUGAGAGCACGAAGCUUCGAAGAUUAUACAGCAGCAAAGGCCGCCCGCCGGACGUGGCACAGGAUACUUGUGCAGAGGUCGCCGCCCAUUAUCAAGAGCAACAUGACCGUUUUCUGGCCUACUGUCAGUACCAGGUUGAGCUGCUUCGAGUUGCCAAGCCUCUACGUGCUGAGGCGUGCAGGGAGCAAAAGUUGAACUACCAGGUUGAGGACUUGACGCGUCUUGCUGUUUCCAACAGGUGGAAUCAACUGCAGCUGCUGCCCGCUGUGACCGAGCAUGAAGAGACGAUCUCGGAGCGGCUCUCAGCGAGCCGUGACUACAAAACAGCUCUCAAGGAGUGGAGCAGUUUACUGGUCUGGCCAUCGGAGGUCCGGUUUGACCAUGCCUUUAUUGGGGUUACUUUCCUGGAGUUGAUGAUCAAUUUCAUCGUGUGUGCUGGCAUGCUGCCCCGCGUAGGCGCUCGCAGUGCACAGGAUGGAGUUGAUCUCUUGUCGGCUCAGGGAAUCUUGCAGCCAGUGGUGCUGCGCGAGUUGGUUGUUUCCUUCAUUGCAUCUAUCAGCUGGAGCGAGAAGGCAGAGAGGUGCACGUGGUUUGACAGCCCACCACACAGACGCAUUCGAAGUCUCGAGUUCGCAGGAUUGUGCACGGCCCGCAAGGGCUUGCUUAAGCGACCAGUUAUGCCUCGGUAUGGUGAAACCAUCCGCUGCGCCUACAAGGUCUUGACAAGUCAGUCUCCCGGGGAAACUCUCAGGGAUGCUGCACUUCAAGUAGCUCGGGAGCAGUAA